AUGGACACGCUCAACUUUAAGAUGCUGCAGCCGUCGACGACCUUCAACGAGGCCCACCGUGCGCUCUCCAACUUUCUCUGCAUUGGCUCGGACGAAGACACGCUCGACAUCAUCCAAGAGAUGAUGUUUAUGAAGAAGUCGUUCUCGAUCAAGCCGACGGUGGCGCUCUUCACGGCGCCCAAGGACAAGGCACUGACCAAGAAGAAGACGAUUCGGCAUAAAGAUGCCGCCGUGUCCGUGUAG